UCGACGGUCAAGAUUCUCAUGUGCACGAGAUGUAUGAAAAGCGUCGAAUAUAGCGACGUAAAAAUUUAUGCACCUAUAAUGUCGUCAAAUGGUCAUUAUUAUUAUGAACGAGAUGUAAAGAAU